UUACCUAAAACAACAGAACCAAUUGCCCUAAGUCACUUAGUCAGCUGGAUAUUACCAAGUAAGCAACUUACUGAUGAUUCUAAACUGCAACGUGUUUAUCAGAGGGCAAAGAAAUUGAUAGGAAAAUUUAGUUGACCUUUGUAACCGGGAAGAGAUGGUGUAACUUUAAUGCAACUUCUGUUUUGUUUAACCUGAGAGAAAAGGUUGACUUUCGUAUGCAUCUUUCAACAACUUAUGGACACAUAUUAAUGAUACUACUAAGUGGAUGCUAUAGUUGCAAGCGAUUAAGUAUUCAAAAAUAGUUGAUGAUGUUGAGAAUAUAUAAUAUUAGAAUAUUCGAUCAUAAAUAUUUGAACUAAUUGGUGCUGUUAAAAAGACUACGGUUACUUAGUUAGAGUCAUGUUGAAAGAAUGUAAUAUAUUUGUAGGAGCGAUAUAUUUUAUUCGCAUCUGUAAAUGCAUAUAUAGGAGAUGCAAUUUGUUUAAGUGAAAUAGAAUUUGUGACGUUAUCCAGCUAUAUUUCCUCUCUAAUGGAAACCUUUCUCCAAAAUUAUAAAAGCCAAAAUACAACAUUCCACAUGAGUCGGAUGCAUGAUGCGAUCUGUUCUUCUUUUUUUACUCCUAAUAACAACAGUCCCGAAGCAUUCCUUUCAUUCAGACAUCGAAUUAAAAAGCAAUAGAACAACUCUCCGUAAAAGAUCAGUAAAUGCUGAUGAAAAGUUUUCAAGACUUCGACCAUCCAACCUCAUUCGAAAUAUCCUAAAACCAAAAAAAGUGAAUUUAUUUUCUGGAUGUCCUCCAAAUACUCAAUGCUCUUUCAUCCUCUCUUGUUGGUGGACUGGGGACUCUGUGGGCACUUCUUGUGGGCCUUUUUUCUUCUGUUGCGGCAGCCAAGAUAGCAGAGAUGACCAACACAUCAGUCAACUCUAUUACGGACCUGUUCGCAACGAUCCUCUUUGUGGAAGAAGUUCAAUGUCUACUAGUCGAAUUGUAGGCGGUGAAGAUGCAGCUUUUGGACAAUUCCCAUGGCUGGCUUUUAUACAAGUUGGUGGAAGUAGAUGUGGGGGUGCUCUGGUCGCUUGGAGACAUGUCGUUACAGCAGGACAUUGUGUUGCAAAAACACAACAUAAUCCUGGUAACAUCAAAGUGACAUUAGGAGAUUACAUUCUAAAUUCUGAUUUAGAAGGUUUACCAAGUGAAACAUAUGGUGUUGAUGAAGUAAAAGUGCAUCCAAAAUUUAGAUUUACACCGCAAGCCGAUAGGUUUGAUGUUGCAGUUCUUUUAUUGGAUAAAGCCGUUGGAUACCGCUUCAACAUGAAACCUAUUUGUUUACCUGAAAAAGGAACAGAUUUUUUGGGUGUUAUGGGAUUUGCAGCUGGUUGGGGUGCUUUAGAGCCAGGUUCUAAACUGAGACCGAAGAUUUUGCAGUAUGUACCAGUACCUAUAAUAAAUAACAAAAUGUGUGAAGGUUGGCACAGAAGGCGUGGAAUCAACAUAGUAAUUCAUGACGAAAUGGUGUGUGCUGGUUAUGAAUUUGGCGGGAGAGAUUCCUGUCAAGGAGAUUCUGGUGGCCCACUCAUGAUAAAUCAGUUUGGUAUUUGGUAUUUGGUUGGCAUUGUAUCAGCUGGUUAUUCCUGUGCCAAGCAGUUUCAACCUGGUAUUUAUCAUAGGGUUAGCAGCACAUCUGACUGGAUCUCUACAAAUUUAUAUUGAGCAACUCAACUCAUGAUCUCAUUUUUCAUUAAUUAUUCGAACAAAGAACUGAAAUAACUCAUAUAACUGGUUUUAUUGCGGGCAAUAAAUUCAGUUAAUGUUGUAACAUAUCAAAACAUGUUCAAAUGUGAUUGAUUCUGUGUUUAUAAUGAUAAUUUAAGUUAUAAAAGUCCCGUGACCUCUGAAUGUGUUAAAUGUUUACUACAAACGUAAAAGAUCAAAAUAUGUGAUUUGAUAAGCAUAGCACUCAGUCAACAUGUAAUUGUCAUGAUUGUUGAACAACGUAUAUUGUUGCCUUGCCAUUAAACAUAUAUAUUUUAAAAAAAUUUCGCUCA